GUGAUGCCGUCUAGUAUCGCCACGUGCCGUUUUCCAUGCCGCGGCGCGGCGAUCGCGCGAGCUGCCACGUAAUGUUGUGCGUGCCGUUCCGCCGUUCGCGAAUAGCUGCUAUAAUACGGUCUUGGGGAGCUGCGUGGAGAUAAGCGGCAACGAGGGCAAUGUGCAAGUCUGCAUCUAUCCGUACCUAAUUUCAAACGAAUUGCGUGAUCGCUGAGGUAAGCGUGACAGACUCAAAGAAACGAAAUGUCACAAUCAAGCGGCUAUCAGUAUGCACUGUACGAAGAGCCAAAUAAUUCCCUGAAGAAUGAGUCGCCGCUCUUACUGAAUGGUCCGGGUACCAUGCUUCAGCAGAACGGCAUGCAAUCUCCACAGUUCAAUCUAACUGGCACGCCGUCGUCACAGUCGUCACGCGACCCAUCCAGGGAGACAUCCAGGGAUCCAUCGCCAACGCAAUAUCUUCACAAUCAGUACCGGCCUCAAUUGCCCCGACCGCCGAUGCCGCCGAUGCCGCCGAUAAACCGACCGCAAAGCCCUACUCCGUUGCCUCCACCACCCAGAACAUCGCAACCAUACAGUCCCGUAAAUCCUUAUGGUGUCCAUCAUAACCAAUAUGCUGCUAAUACUCAAGCGAAUGUCGCCGUCAGCGCGUCCUCAGCUACCUUCGUUUCUCAGCCUAGCCAAGAGAUUCAACACAGGCCCAUAAUUCCCACAAAUCCGCCUCCGCCAGUCGCCAAAAAUUUGUCGCCAGAAUCCGCACCGUCCGCGGACACCGUCAAGACGGAACCUCCCAAAGCGAGCCAAAGUUAUCAAUGGACAACUAAUCCCCCGGCUGUCAGCGUUCCGCAGAGCACCGUUGGGAUAUCCAGUAGCAUAGAUAAGACUAGUCAAGUCUAUAUGGAUCAAACCGCGGGUAGUCAGACAUCGUACGCCAGAGUGAGCCAGAGUAAAGCCUUGGUGAACGAUCAAGGUCAGUCAGCCCCUCCAAUCACGUCCAACGUUAGUCUACCUCCUUCGAAUGUUGCUCAACAUUUGAAUCAGAACAGUCACGCGCAGCAAGAUCCAAUGGCUUCCGUGCAGUCCUCGAGACUCCGGAACUACCAAGCACAAUCGACCGUCGGUCCGACGGAGAGCCUAAGUAGCUCGCAAUUGAAGUACGCAAGUCAGCAGAACGUGUUCGGUACGACGUCGUCGUCGACGCCGCCAAGUUCCAGCACGCAAAACUUGUUCUCUGGCUCUGGACAGCUGGGUCAGAAUGUGGCUCCGCGCAGUCCUCAGGAUUAUUGUCCUCAGCCUUUGAGGCCUCAGCACAAUCUACUUACCGGUUAUAUGGAUCCUACGGGACUAGGAAAUAUCCCUCAAGGCCAGAGCACGCAUCAAAACGUAUCUGGCCAGAGAAGAUAUCCACAACAACAGGACACUGCCAAUACUGCGAUGCUACCUCCGAGGAACGCUGCGCCACCCCUGGGACCUAAUCAGUUGCAUGGUGCGAGACCACCGCUAUCAUCGGGAAUGCCGCCAUCAGGAAUAUCACCGUCAGGAGUGCCGCCAUUGGGAGCACCGCUAUCGGGAAUGCCGCUAUCAGGAAUAUCACCGUCAGGAGUGCCACCAUUGGGAGCACCGCCAUCGGGAGCACCGCCAUCGGGAUUACCACCAUCAGGAAUUCCAACAUCGGGGAUGCCACCUCAUCCGGGACAUCAAAUGUACGGCACUCGUUCGCAAUAUCCCGGUCCGAUGACGAACGUGCCGUUAGAUUCGUCAAGUAGAAGGUAUCCAAAUACGUAUCCCGAUCAAUUAAAUCAAUUAAAUAAUCAAAUGGGCGGUCUCAACGUCACGCAAGGCGGUUUCAACAAAUUAUGGGGUUCAGAAACAAUAGAUCUCUUACAGUGCAGAAAUGUAUUGCCGCCUGAGAAAAUCGAGCCACCAAAGAUCAGAUUACAUCAGGAAUUUUUAGAUGGCGUAAAUUGCAGUCCCGAUAUAUUUAGGUGUACACUGACAAAAGUGCCGGAAUCAAAUUCACUCUUACAAAAAUCAAGAUUGCCGUUUGGUGUACUAAUACAUCCCUUUAAGGAUCUAAAUCAUUUGGCAGUGAUUCAGUGCAACACAAUUGUACGUUGUCGAGCUUGUAGAACGUACAUAAACCCAUUUGUGUAUUUCGUUGAUACGAGAAGAUGGAAGUGCAAUCUGUGUUUUAGGCUGAACGAACUACCUGAGGAAUUUCAUUUUGAUCCUGUGACGAAAUCGUACGGCGAUCCAGGACGACGGCCAGAGGUCAGAACGAGCACGAUAGAGUUUAUUGCACCAAGCGAGUACAUGGUCCGUCCGCCUCAGCCCGCAGUCUAUCUCUUCGUGAUGGACGUUUCUCGUCUCGCGGUGGAGAGUGGCUAUCUGCAGAUCGUCUGUAACACCAUCACCGAAGAGCUGUCGCAUCUCCCCGGCGACGGUCGCACCCAAGUCGGCUUCCUCGCCGUCGAUUCCGCCCUACACUUCUUCAGCAUGCCUGACAACGUCUCGCGACCGCACGAGAUGGUCAUGCUCGACAUCGACGACGUGUUCCUGCCGUGCCCGGAAAAUCUAAUCGUGAAUCUGAAGGAACGUGAAGAUCUCAUUCGUGAUCUUCUCGCCCAAUUGCCCGUCAAAUUCUGCGGUACUCACGAUACCAACAGCGCCCUCGGCGCCGGUCUCCAAGCUGCCUUUAAACUACUCUUUGCCACUGGAGGACGCGUCACCGUUUUCCAGACGUGCCUACCAAACGUUGGCCCGGGUGCUCUGCAACCGAGAGAGGACCCUAACAGCAGAGCAAACAAAGAUGUGCCGCAUCUCAAUCCCGCGACGGACUUUUACAAAAGAUUCGCUCUGGACUGCAGCGGACAGCAGAUAGCAGUUGAUUUGUUCCUAUUGAACAGUCAGUACAGCGAUUUGGCUACUUUGUCGUGUAUGUCCAAGUUCACUGGUGGUUGUAUUUACCAUUUGCCACUGUUUCGCGCAACGAAGCUGGAGAAUGCCGAGAUGUUGGAACGAUCGCUACGUCGUUACUUGACCAGGAAAAUCGGUUUUGAGGCAGUAAUGAGGUUGCGCUGCACUCGCGGUCUAAGCAUCCACGCGUUUCACGGCAGUUUCUUUGUACGAUCGACCGAUCUCCUUUGCUUACCGAACAUCAAUCCAGAUGCCGGCUUUGGCAUGCAAAUUUCCAUCGAGGAGAAUCUCUCCGAGGUGCAAAAUGUGUGCUUCCAAGCAUCUCUACUUUAUACCUCGAGCAAAGGUGAACGAAGGAUCAGAGUACAUACCCUGUGCUUGCCAGUUGUGGCAAACCUAUCAGACGUUCUGCACUCUGCGGACCAGCAAUGCAUAGUCGGCCUAUUAUCAAAAAUGGCUGUCGACCGAUCGCUUCAGUCAUCUUUAUCGGACGCUAGGGACGCAUUAAUAAACGUUGCCAUUGACGUGUUGACCACGUACAAAUUGGGGCAAUCUUCCAACGCCGGAGGAGGACUCGUCGCUCCGGGAAAUUUGAAAUUGUUGCCAUUAUACAUUAUUGCGUUAUUGAAGAGUAUGGCAUUCAGAUCCGGCACAAGCACGCGCUUGGACGACCGCGUGUUCGCAAUGUUCCACCUGAAGGCGUUACCCCUCGCGCAGUUGAUGCAGCUGAUUUACCCCGACUUGUAUCCAGUACACGCGCUCGACGACCGCCAAGCAAAAGACAUCGAUGGCAAGGUCUGUCCGCAGCCGCCACGGUUACAUUUGUCCGCGGAGAAACUCGACAGCCGAGGCGCCUUUCUCAUGGACGCUGGCGACAAAAUCCUCAUUUACAUUGGCAAGAACAUCAGCCCGAUUUUCUGCACCAACGUACUCGGGGUCGCCGCGUUCUCAUCUAUUCCGGAAGAAAUGUACGAAUUGCCAGAGUUGGACACGGUGGAGAGCGAACGGUUACGAAACUUCGUGUUCAGUUUACAAGAGGAGAAACCGUACGAAGUACCUGUGCAAGUUAUCAGGGAUGACAGUCACUUUAGGGGAUUAUUCGUCGAGCGAUUAAUAGAGGACAGAUUCGAGUCCGCUCUCAGUUAUUACGAAUUCUUGCAACACCUCAAGACACAGGUGAAGGUGUGACAGAUUUAAGAAAUUCCUGCACGAGACCAACUCCUGCGGGAAGUGUUAACUAUCCAUGAAUCAUGGGAUCAUCAUCACGAGGCGACUAGAGGGGGAAAAAAAAGGAAUUGUGACACGCAUCAAGAUUCAUUGGUUGUGGGUUAUUCAAGAUACACUGGGACACAUCGUGUGAACUCAAGAACCACUUAUGCCAUAUGCAGCAGUGAUAGCCUUAUUGAAAGACACUGACGCAUUUAAACAUGAUAGACAGUAAUUAUUGUUACUAUCUCUAUGAUUAUUAAGACUAUUAUAAUUCUUUAUCCUGAGAGAGACAGCUCCAAUACAUGGACUUGCGUUCCCGUUACGCAUAUCCGCCUUCUCAGUUAAACGAUGGUUUAACUGUUGUGCUUUAGCUCGUAAACGGUAUCCGACUUUUUCUUUCUUUUUUACAAUUUUCUGUUGAAUCCACGACGAUUUUACCAUACUUGAAAUGAUUCUUCUCUGUUCGCGAUAAGGUCUUUCGCGGUAACGGUAAUUUGUUGAGCAAUCUCACGUAUGACGAAUGCAAAUCUUUUUGAUGAUAUACAUAUAUAUGUACAUACAUAUACAUAUACAUGGGAUAUUUUUAAGUUACGUUUCCCCGUUUCCGCAUUCACAUUCUCCGUGUCAUCGUUAUUGUCGCGAGUUAACGCAAAAGUGUUCUUACCUUAACCACCAUGGAAAAAUCAUUAAAUAUUAAUAUACUAGUGAAUUACUAGUGAAUAAUAUUCUAGAUGCGAAAUGGGAAGGAUGCAAUCUUGCGAUUUCAGCAUGAGUAACAAUAAAUUGAGAUUGUUUGCAGGGCCAGUGUUGCGAAAGAAAAAAAAGAAAACGAAUAUAUCUCACGGUGGGUGAUGAGCAAUGCAACGCGCUUUUGCAAAUCGAUCAUCCACAGGCAAUAAAACGAACACAUAACGAAGGGACAUAAGAAAAAUUCGUGGAAAUUGAUAUUAAUCAAUUAUGUGUGCACGCGGUGACACGCAUGUUGUUAAUGUAAAAUUAAAUUUUACAACGGGUAGAGUCGAGAUGACGAUAUCGAACAGUCGAUGAACGUUCGCAAUUGAAUGUACGUCGCAAUCGAGUCAAUCGAGUAGCUAAUUAACUGUAAAGAAUAGGAGAAUGCGGGGGAUGGGACUUGGGACGAUCACGGGCAAAUGUAAAAUACCAAUCGAUCGCGCCGAGGCGGACAAACCACUCCGACACGAAGGACCUUCCAACAAUUACGAUAGACAAUGGCGUACGCGAUAAGCCACCGGCGACUCUCGGUAAAACAAUAAGCGGACAAAUGGAUAUUGUAAGAUACUCGUGCUGCUCGCUCACUUUUGUCGACGCUGCCAAACGAGGUUCUUCGGUGUUGUUCUCCUCUCUCCGUUUUAACGAUCCGCCACCGUGGAUGAGACAAGAAACAGAGAAACAGCGCGCGACAGGUUGGUCUAUUAUUUAAUUAUUUAUCGCGACUGUCAUUGAAUAUAUUGGUUACUACUUAUUGAUUGCUACUUAUGUAUAUAUAUACAUAUACAGAUGCAUUAUACACGUAUAUUGUA